AUGGCCAACCAAUACCGUUUAGGAAACCAACAUAGUGAAGAAACUAACCCACAUCGUGAUGCAGUAUAUCUAAGACUUUUUGGGACAAAUAUUAGCAUUAUCAAUGGAGGACCCAGAAUUGUAUUGUUCAUCCCGGUUAUUGGAGGACAAACUGGAGCUAGACCUACUGAACCUGUUGCAGGAUCUGAUUUUCAAAGAAGUGGAGUUGUUGCAGGAAACAGUAGUAAUGUGAAUUCCAUUUCAUCAUUCAGCGAUGGAAUUAACCCCACUGCUACUGGUACUAGAAAUGAUGAGUUGUUUCGUGCUAGUUCACGGUUAAAGAGAAGUAGAUCACAUGAUCCAUUAACUAGAGGUGAAACUUCUAAUCAAGGUUUACAAGUUGACCCUUCGCCGAGUAGUUCUGUACCACCACGGCAACCAAUAACGACUUUAAACCCUUCACCGAGUAAUUAUUACCAGCUAAACCCUCCUCCAGCUCCUCUUGGAUUCGGAUUUACUAUUGCUGCACAAACUGAUCAGUACAUUCAGACUAGUUCAGGAUCGCCAAGAUCAGAGAAUGUAACUAGCCAUGGUGGCAUUCACCACAAUUUCAUUUCAACUUCUCAUGAACUUAGGCCAGAGAGGAACAGGCUCAGGAUUGAGAACUUUUCGGUACUUGAUUACUGGGCCACUCAAAAUCGGUGGCUUCAUUCUCAAGAGCGCAUAGAUCGGAUGACUAAUUCAGAGGACUGGCUUUCAGAUGAAUGGCUGGACAAGGUAAUGAAGGCGGGGCUGAGAGAGGAGGAAAUCUCAGAGUCUAUCCAGAAAGAAACUUACCAGCCUAACAUUAAGGAAACAAGCACAAUGAAUCAAACUUGCACCAUAUGUCAGGAAGAUUAUAUUGAUGGGGAGCGUAUUGGAAGACUUGAUUGUAUUCACCGUCACAUAUAUCAUCUUGACUGCAUCAGCCAAUGGUUGGAGGUCAAGAAUGUUUGUCCAGUCUGUAAGGAGAUAGCUCUGAGGAUUUAUGAUGAAGAUGAAUAA